AUGCACAAAAUCUGGUCUUCAUGGAGAGAGUCCUUGGAGGCGCUAAACGAGGUCCGAAUCCCUAGGGCCUUCACAAACAUACCAUUCUCAAAAGCAGUACGUAAAGAGCUGCACAUCUUUUCCGAUGCAUCGGCCAAAGCCAUCGCUGCAGUGGCCUAUCUCAAGGUCACCGACAAUAAAGGAAACGACCAAAUUGGCUUCGUCAUGGGGAAAGCGAAACUUGCCCCACGACCCGAACAUUCAGUUCCCAGACUGGAGCUCUGUGCCCCCCUCCCGGCAACCGAACUGAGCGAACUGAUCUACUCCGAGAUAGACCUGCAGCUUCAAUCCACUACCUUCUACACGGACAGUAAGGCAGUUCUAGGCUACAUCCACACCGAAACCAGACGCUUUUACGUGUAUACCCGUUACCGAGAUUGUCCUUCUCUGCGCCGAGAACUAGCACAUUUCUUGACGUGCAAGACGUCAGGCGGGGAGUGUUCUGUUCUGUGUACAACAGACCUACUAGCACUCAUCUCCCUUUACCGACCCUUUUUGCUUGGGGGCUUCUUUCUGACCCUACACCGGUUGAAGGUUCCUGGUGCUCAGCCUCUAUCCAGUUUAGCUGCCCCCAGCUUGGCCGCAUGGCAUGCCCCCAGCUUGGCCGCAUGGCAUGCCCCCAGCUUGGCCGCAUGGCUUAGUUUUCAUCCUUUAAAUAUCUCGUCAUUCUUGGACAUCUCCGCUAGGGCCGAAGCAGCCAAAACACGUUUAGCCUUCAUCGACAAGGAGCUAAAAAUAAGGAUGGAGUUGGAGAAACUACAGCUUGAAAAGGAGACGGCUGCUGCCGUAGCUGAAGCAGAAGUUCUGAGGGAAGCUGCCGACGAGCUAAAAGAACGGUCCAGCUGCAACCACUCAAAACUCGACUGCACUCCCACUGACCCUAACACACGGGUCAGAGAAUACUUAGCCGACCAAGCAAGUCAAGCGAAACAAGAGAUGACUGGACCCCAACCACCUGUUAACGAAGAAAUCGUUCAGGGAUACCAGUAUGGUCGGUUCGAACGCGGAGACCGACUUCUCCCUCAUAGGCCAGGGAGCCCAGACAGACCUACCCAAAAAAAACCACCUAUUAUCAGCUAUCACUCCCCUAACUCACGUGUCGAAGACACCGAACCUCCUAACGACCGGUACCCCACCAACACCAGGGACGCCUCCCAGUCUCAAUAUACCUCAGACCUUGUGAGGUACUUCACCCGGCGGGAACUCAUCACCACUGGACUGCCACCUUUUAACGAUAGACCUGAGGACUACAGAGCAUGGAAGCGGUCUUUCCAGAGUGCCACCAGACACCUCGGUCUCACAUACAGCGAGGAAAUGGACCUCCUCGUAAAAUGGCUUGGUAAAGAGUCAGGGGAACAUGCAAGGAGGCUAAGGUCAGCCCACCUGAACCACCCAGAAAGAGGGCUCAUGAGAAUAUGGGCCCGACUCGAGGAGUGUUACGGGGCUCCCGAAAUGAUAGAGGAUGCUCUCUUCAAACGAGUAGAUGACUUCUCCAGACUGUCAAACAACGAUCUUCCUAGACUUAGGGAACUCAGCGAUUUAGCUACCGAACUCUUGUCAGCUAGGGAAGAUGGAAACCUUCCUGGCCUCGCCUACCUGGACACUGCUCGAGGGCUCCGCCCCUUUAUAACCAAACUACCAUCCUCACUUCAGGACAGAUGGCUGUCUGUUGGUUCCGAAUAUAAGGAGCGGCACCAAGUUACGUUCCCUCCUUUUAAGACCGAAGUGUCCCCCACAGUUUUCAACACCACGCGUCGGCAAAACAAAGAUGACAACGACCCCACCCAAUAUUGCCCAUUACACAAAAAAUUCCACUCACUGUUGAAAUGCCGCGCCUUUCGAGAGAAACCCUUGAAAGAGCGUGAGACUUUUAUAAGAAACAAUGGCAUCUGUUUCAAAUGUUGCUCCUCCACAGCACACAUAGCGAAAUUCUGCAGAAUGAAUAUUACAUGCAAUGAGUGUAACAGUGAAGAACACAACACUGCUCUCCAUCCAGGACCACCACCUUGGCCCAUCAGCAUAAGAUCCGCUGCAGAAAACGGCGUGGAGGAUAACCCCCCUAUAGCUACUGGAGUUGUUUCGCAGUGCACACAAGUUUGCGGUGGUGACCUCUCAGAAAAGUCGUGCUCCAAGAUAUGUCUCGUCAAUGUUUACCCUGCAGACCAACCAGACAAAACAGUUAGGAUGUACGCCAUCAUCGAUGAACAAAGCAACCGGUCUUUGGUACGCUCAGACUUUUUUGAUACCUUUAAAAAUGAUGGGCCCAGUUUCCCUUAUUCCCUUAAAACUUGUGCCGGAGUUAUACAAACCAUGGGAAGAAGAGCGUCAGGCUUCCAGGUGGAACUUAGACGGAAAAACAGCCUUCCACUUCCAAGUCCCGUCGAAUGCGACAAAAUACCCAACGACAGAUCUCCCCUGACGUCGUCUCCUUAUAACAGGAAACUGGCAGAGAGACGACCUUCUUCACUGAGACGUAGCCUCGAUAAGAAACCAGAGAUGCAGAGACACUUCCUUUCAUUCAUGGAAGGGCUAUUUGAGAAUGGUCAUGCUGAAGCGGCCCCUCCCCUCAGAAAGGAAGAAGAAUGCUGGUAUUUGCCCAUCUUUGGUGUGUACCAUCCUAAAAAACCCGGAAAAAUUCGAGUAGUCUUUGACUCCAGCGCCAAACACGAUGGAGUGUCCUUGAACGACGUCUUGAUAAGCGAACCUGACCUUAACAACACCCGGGUCGGGGUCCUCACCCGUUUUCGUAAAGAAAUCGUCGCCGUCACCGCAGACAUCGAACAGAUGUUCCACUGUUUCUUAGUGAAAGAACACAGAAACUUCCUGAGAAUACUCUGGUAUCGCGACAACGACCCAACCAAAGGAAUUGCUGAAUACCGGAUGAAAGUUCACGUUUUCGGCAAUAGUCCAUCCCCAGCCGUGGCUAUCUAUUGCCCCAGACAAGCAGUCAGAAAGGGCCAGCCUAACUAUGAUCCGGCAGUCGAGGAGUUAGUCAACCGGAAUUUCUAUAUCCUUGACUGUCUAAAAUCGCUCCCUACUGUCGAAGCUACAGUCUCCUUGCUCCAAAGAACACGAGACAUCCUUGCCGGAUCCAACUUAAGGCUACACAAAAUAGCCUCCAACAAAGAAGGAGUUAUGACUGCAAUCCCACCCCAGGACCAUGCGAACAACCUAAUGGAUCUGGAUUUGAGCAAGGAUGACCUACCCAUACAGCGCAGUCUUGGCCUGGAGUGGCACCUUAAGACCGACACCUUUACGUUCAAGGUACCUGUGAUACAAAGACCCUUUACACGUAGGGGCGUUUUAUCGACCCUCAACAGUCUGUAUGACCUCUUGGGAUUUGCUGCCCCCGUCACCAUUCAAGGAAAGUUAAUCUUGAGAGAGCUAACCCAUGAAAACAGCGAAUGGGACUCACCUCUUCGUCAAGAAAUGCACAAAAUCUGGUCUUCAUGGAGAGAGUCCUUGGAGGCGCUAAACGAGGUCCGAAUCCCUAGGGCCUUCACAAACAUACCAUUCUCAAAAGCAGUACGUAAAGAGCUGCACAUCUUUUCCGAUGCAUCGGCCAAAGCCAUCGCUGCAGUGGCCUAUCUCAAGGUCACCGACAAUAAAGGAAACGACCAAAUUGGCUUCGUCAUGGGGAAAGCGAAACUUGCCCCACGACCCGAACAUUCAGUUCCCAGACUGGAGCUCUGUGCCCCCUCCCGGCAACCGAACUGA